AAUGCAGUGAUUCUUAAGAGUAGAGGAGACAAUGGUACUCCUGCUGCUGCCUGGAGCAGCAGCAGUGCUUCAGUCGUGCUGCUCGCAGCUCCAGUUUCAAUCCAGGUAUCCAUUCACUUCCCAGAGUCAGAGAGAAGUUUCGUUUUUGGGAGGUCUAGGACAGUGGGAAGGAACAGGAUGUAGAACUAGUUCUAGUGGUAGUAGUAGUAGUAGCAGGGUCUCGUGCUCCGAAGGAUUUGUGAAUGGAACAGAGGUACCGGUUGGGACUCUUAGUGUGGAUAAUGACAAUGGCGGUGAUAGGAAUUCAUUGGUAGCUGAGGAGCAGUGCUCUAGCUCUCCAGGGGCCGAGAAAGAUAAUCCUUGGUUAGAAUUGACGAAGGCUAAACCGGGUACUGAGGUGAGGAAGAGUACGAAUACUCUGAGCAGUGCUUUCAAGAAGUUUUUGUUCGUCACUGGGGACUCGAAGCAGCCAAAGUGGGCGGAUAGGCGAACUGCGGUGCUCGUCGUUCAGAAUGCCAGCAAUUUGGACUCCGCGCUAACGAGAGUGGGUGAUAAACUGGAGGUUUCGGAUUUAAAUCUGCUGUUGCGGAGAUUUGGAAACCACGGACGUUGGGACGAUGCUUGCGAAUUGUUCGAGUGGAUGGAGAAGGCAGGCAAGUGUUCUGGGGCUUCGUAUUCCACUUUCAUCAUCUUGCUUGGUAAAGUGGGAAGGACCCAGAAGGCCUUAUACGUAUACAAUUCUCUGAGCGAAGAGCUUAAGCUGAAUCCUUUUAUUGCCAACUCCAUCUUAAGUACGCUUGUCAACAACUGGAAGGUCACAAGGGCUUUCAGGUUGUUUCGCAAGAUGAAGGAAUCGGGAUUUCAUCCAGACAGCAUUACAUAUUCCACGAUAUUUUGCGCCUGUUUGAAGAUCCACAAUGGUUAUGAAAGGUCUCAAGAAUUACUCGAGGAGAUGAAAGCCAGGGGACUGAAGCCUGAUGCCUACGCAUACGGCUCGCUGUUGCGCGUCUACUGUGCUACUGAAAUGGAAGACAAGGCCAAGGCGCUCGUGGAAGAGAUGCGGUCUGAAGGUGUAACAUUGACGCUGUACCACUACAGCUACCUUAUCAACCUCUACGCACGCAAGAGAAAGCCAGCAGAGGCGGAGAAGAUUUUUGCAGCUAUCAAAGAGUCGGGUCUAGAACCAAACGAGAUUGUUUAUCGCUCGCUGCUUAACGUUUACGGUCGUAGCGGUCUUCUCGAGAAAGCUAGAAAGACAAUUGCUGAAAUUCAAGCUUCAGGAAUGCACCCUGACAUGAUUAUGUACUCGUGUGUGAUGGAUGCGUACGUCAGUUUGGGGAAAGUAUACGAGGCUCACGAGAUCCUUGUUGACAUGAGUCGUAAAGGAGUUAGGCCAGGUGGUAACGCGUAUAGUAUAUUGAUAUGGGGCUACGGAAGCAUUGGCGACUUGGACAUGGUGGACAAACUGGCCGCCGAGAGCCAGACUAGACGGAAAGGCAAACAAGACGUGAGACUCUUUAACUCGCUCUUAAAAGCGUACUCCAAACUCCAGCAUGACGAUGGCAUCACAAACACACUGGAGAAAAUGGACGACGAAGGGAUAAUGCCGAACAAAGGCAGCUUCAACAUCUUGAUUGAGCACCUUUGCGAGAGAAGAAUGUUCGGCCUGGCGUUACGAACGUACAGGGACAUGAAAAACAGGGGUCUCAGACCAAAUGCCGGAACGUAUUCGAGGCUCUUGUCCGGGCUGACGAACGCGGCGCACCUAGAACAGGAUCGUCCUCAGUCACACCUCUCGGAAAUCCUCUCAGCAGCCGAGCACCGACACGAAAAAGGCGUCGAUCUGCUGUCCGAGGCCUACAGGAUUUUCAAAGAGAUGCAAACUUCGGAGGUUUACUGCCAUGAGCCAGCACUGGAGCAAUUCAUAGAGGCCAACGCGGUAGCCAAGAACUGGCCAGUGGCCGUGGAGGCACUCGGCGAGAUGAGGAAAGCUCGCCUCAAACCCAGCAAGGUGCUCCUGGAAUUCCUCUUGUCUAAAGCGGCGGAGGACAAACACUAUGGAGCGAUGAGCGAAUUGCUGAGGCAUGUCAAAUCUCAGGGCUGCGCUCUAAAUCCCGAGCUUUUGGAGAUGGUGAAGCAGAAAUUUGUGGAGCUGGAUCAAGUAAAAGGAGUUCUUGACAACUUGUAAGAAAAAUGAGAAGCACAAUUGUAUUGUAUUGUAUGUUCUGAUUUAGACCUUGCAGCAUAAGAGAGAGUCUAUGACAUUUCGACUUUAUAA